AUGCUGGGAAAGAGGCCCCGCCCAAUGAUCGGAAAGUUGUCGGAGUUGUUGGUCUCAAGGGGCCGGGCGGCGGCGGUGCUUGUCGAGACCGCCGGAAGCCCAAGAGGCCCAUUAGACAUGAAGAUGCAGUCUCCAAGAGGCUUCAAGAGCUACGACCUUGGUGGCGUUGGUCUGGGAAUUGUGGUAGCUCUUGAUAAAUCAUCCAACGAUUCUGCACGUGAGGUUUUGCCCAAACACGCAGUUUGCACCUCCAACAUCAACCCAUCCGGUCCACUUCCAGAUGAGUUUGAUGUGGAGGAAUACACCUAUGUCACAUCCCAUGUUCCCAACAAAACAUUCACCAAGGUGUACUACCAUGGCGGUGAAGGUCAAAUUCAGAGACAUGCCUAUUACAACAACAACAACAACAACGUUGGUGUGUUCAGAAGAACCACACCACAACCUUUAAUCGACUCUAAAUCAUCGUAUCCCACAUCGGAUUUUCUCAGCUCCUGCAACCUAUGCGGGAAGAAACUCCAGGGCAAAGACAUAUACAUGUACAGAGGAGAGAAAGCGUUCUGUAGCCCAGAGUGUCGUUCGAGUCAAAUAAUGAUGGAUGAACGGAAAGAAAGGUGUAGGUCAGAAGCUUCAAGGUCCGUGGAAAUGUCAAGUUCGCCUUACACAAGAGAACAAAUAUUUUCAACUGGGAUUCUUGCGCUUUAG